AUGCUGGAAAAAAAGGGUUGUCAUCUCGGCUCUCUGCCUCCUUACGUUGUCAACGCAACAGACUCGAGCGACUUUCAACAGACGCUUGCAUUCGCAGAGAACAACAUCAUGGUCAUCAUCAAGAAUAAUGGACACAGCGGUGUUGCAAGAAGAACGGGUUUCGGAAGCAUCUCUAUCUGGACUCACAACUUGAAGCAGACUGUGUUUCACGAGAAGUUCCAGCCCUCGUCGUGCACGAUCAAUUCUACAUGGAAGGGCAGUCAGAUGGCCAUCACCGUCGGAGCUGGUGUGCAAGAUGGAGAACUCUUCAAGUUCGCUGAGAAGAACAAUGUCGUUGCCGUCGGUGGCACAAACAUGGACGUCGGUGUUGUCGGAUGGGCCACUGGAGGUGGGCACGGCUACCUGACCGGUGAAUUCGGCAUGGGGGCAGACAACAUUCUCGAGGCUACUAUAGUUACGCCCAACGGUGACCUCCUUACAGCAAACGCAUGCCAGAACGAGGAUAUCUACUGGGCUAUCCGUGGAGGCGGAGGCAGCACCUUCAGUGUCAUCGUGAACAUGACCAUGAAGGCGUUCCCCAUCCCCAAAAUGACGCUCAUGGGUCUCAAUCUUGUUGCGAACGAAGGCACAUCGACGAAGGAUUGGUGGAAGGUCGUUGCAAAAUUGCAUACUCUGCUUCCGGCGCUUCAGGAUCAAGGCGUCACGGGUUACUACACCAUCGGUGGCCCCCCAUCGAGCGAGACCGUUUCACUUGCCGGCUCCUUGUUUCUCUGGAACGCACCCAAUGGAACUGCCUUGAAUAUCACGUCUUCUAUUCAACAACUGUUUACCGAAAACGCAGCAGCGGUAAAUGGGGAUGAGGACCUGUUCGCUGAGGUUCUCAUGCAAGUCGGCACCCAAGCAGCUGCACCAGCUGAUGGAACUCCGAAUCCUUCCAUGUCAGGAACCAUGACGAUUGGUCACGACCCUGUCGAUAAUGCUUUGAACCCGGCGUGGCGCAAGAGCGUUGUCCACCUGAUAACCUCUACGUCGUGGCCAGACUCGCUCCCGCAUGAACACGUGUCACAAAUCGUCAACGACGUGACAUACAACAAGCUGAAUGCACUGAGAAGGCUUGAACCCAGCACAGGUGCUUAUCUGAAUGAGGCCAACGCUUUCGAAUCGGGAUGGCAGUGGUCGUUCUUCGGGCCCAACUAUGGGCGUCUUCGCACCAUCAAAGAAAAGUACGAUCCUGAGGGGCUCCUCUGGUGUCCUCAGUGCGUUGGCAGCGAGGAUUGGGCGCAGACUGAAGACGGGAAACUGUGCAAGACCUAUAACGUUUUCGCCACCUCACAGUCGUGA